UUGAGUGAAAGGAAAAGAGCUUGUCAGCAUUUCUCAUAGUGGAACUGCAAGGUGUUCAGUUGCAUGUUUUGAUGGAACAGCAAACAAGUUAAAGUUUUGUUUGGGUUAGAGAUGAAGAGAUUGUAUAUCUUGACUGUUAUGUGUGUGCAACCACCAGUAAUGAAUUUGCAGUUUGCAGUGUUUUGCUACCAUUCAUCUGAAAGCCUGUUGCUGUUGAAAGCUUGUGAAGAGAUUGUCCACAUUUGCAAAGAAAAAAUUAAAAAUCAAGAGCUGAAUGCACCCCUUUAAAUGUACCUCUCUUUCUCCUCCUAUCUCUAUCACAUUGUUUUUAAAGGCUGUCUAGUGUAACUGACUGAGCAAUGAUGUAAUCCUCAAUCUGGCACUGUGAAAGAGGAGGGCAGAUGUUGUGCUGGAGACCUCUGGGACAAGGCGCUCACUGGAGAUCUGUCUGCUUUAAUCAGAGGGAGAGAGAGAAGUGCCCUUGGUGAUAAUCAUUGUUUUCCUCAGCUGUGAAGUCGCAGGAUGAUGUGGUUUAUCCUGCUCUGUGAAUGGCUGUGCAGAGAUGUCCUACAGACAGCCUUUCAGUUAUUUUGGAAAGCGUAGAAAUUGUCACCUCACUAAGCCUGGAUGUCCUCCUAUUGCACUGUACUGUACAUGUUUGGAAGGUUGGUUGUGGGGUGAGAGAGUGUGUGGCUGCUGUGUCAGGGCGUUAGGAUGGCCAGUGAAGGAGCUGCUACCCUCCCCAGCCCAGUCGUACGGCAGAUUGACAAGCAGUUCCUGAUCUGCAGCAUAUGCCUGGACCGCUACAACAACCCCAAAGUCCUGCCCUGUCUCCACACCUUCUGUGAGAGGUGUCUGCAGAACUACAUCCCUGCUCACAGUCUGACGCUGUCGUGUCCUGUCUGCCGUCAGACGUCCAUCCUGCCAGAGAGGGGCGUGUCAGCGUUGCAGAGCAACUUUUUCAUCACCAACCUGAUGGAUGUCCUGCAGCGCAGCCCUGACAGCAGCAGCGACGACAGCAGCGUCCUUGACAACAUCAGCUCUGUGGCAACGGGGCUGCCCCUCUCUUGUCCCAACCAUGCAGGCAACUCCCGGACUGGUUGUGCUUGUCAGGUGAUGGAGUUCUACUGUCCUCCAUGUGAAACGGCGAUGUGCGAUGAGUGCACCAGUGGAGAGCAUGCGGAGCACCCCACCGUCCCCCUCAAGGAUGUGCUGGAACAGCACAAGGCCUCGCUGCAGGACCAGCUGGAUGCAGUCAAGAGCAGGCUCCCAGAGAUCGACUUGGCUCUGCAGGUUCUCUCGGACAUACUUAAGAAGCUGACCCACCAGAAGGCGUCUAUAGAGGAGGACAUCCAUGCUACAUUUGAUGAGCUGCAAAAAACUCUCAACGUGCGUAAGAGCGUCUUGCUCAUGGAACUGGAAGUCAACUAUGGGCUGAAACAGAAGGUGCUGCAGGCCCAGCUGGACUCGCUGCUGUCGGGGCAGGAGGGCAUCAGCAGCAGCUGCAGCUUCACGGAGCAGACGCUGAGUCACGGCUCGGAGGCUGAGGUGCUGCUGGUCAAGAAGCAGAUGAGCGAGCGCCUGCAGGAGCUGGCCGACCAGGAGCUGCCGCUGCGGCCCGAGGAGAACAACCAGCUGGACUUCCUGGCCGAAACCGAGGGCCUCAAAAAGUCCAUUCACAACCUGGGUGCCAUUGUCACCACGAAUGCCGUCGCCGCAGAAACGGUUGCCACCGGCGAUGGCCUGCGUCAGUGCGCGGUGGGACGGCCCAUGUCCAUCACCGUGACGACGAAAGACAAGGAUGGCGAGCUGUGCCAGAUGGGCAACGCGUGCCUCACGGCAGAGCUGCUGUCUCCUGACGGGGGCCUGGCGGACAGCGGGGAGGUGCUGGACCACAAGAACGGCACCUACGAGUUCCUGUACACGGCACCGCACGAGGGCCGCUACACACUCUCGCUACGCCUCUAUGAACAGCAUAUCAAAGGCAGCCCCUUCAACAUCCGUGCCACCAAGUCCACUGACCUCCUGCUCAGUACAAGCUCAGCGGACAGCACCAAGAAGCGGCUGAAGUCUCCAGGCAGCGGCCACGUGAAGCAGCGCGCCAUCAAGCGGCCUGCCAGCAUGUACAGCACAGGCAAGAGGAAAGACAACCCUAUCGAGGAUGACCUCAUGUUCCGCAUAGGUACAAAGGGGAGAAAUAAAGGAGAAUUCACCAAUCUGCAAGGAGUGGCAGCAUCUUCACUGGGCAAAGUCUUAAUUGCAGACAGCAACAAUCAAUGUGUUCAGAUAUUCUUAAAUGAUGGACAGUUUAAAAGCCGGUUUGGAGUUCGAGGGCGUUCACCAGGACAACUGCAGCGACCCACCGGUGUAGCUGUUCAUCCAAACGGGGACAUCAUCAUAGCGGACUAUGACAACAAGUGGGUCAGCAUCUUCACAAGUGAAGGGAAAUUCAAGGGGAAAAUUGGCUCUGGCAAGCUGAUGGGACCUAAAGGUGUAUCUGUAGACCGCAACGGCCACAUCAUUGUGGUGGACAACAAGGCCUGCUGCGUUUUCAUAUUCCAGACCAACGGCAAGCUGGUCACCAAGUUUGGAAACCGUGGUAACGGAGACAAACAGUUUGCAGGCCCUCAUUUUGCUGCGGUGAACCAGAGCAAUGAAAUAAUUGUAACUGACUUUCACAACCAUUCGGUGAAGGUAUUUAAUCAGGAGGGAGAGUUUCUUCUAAAGUUUGGGUCUAACGGUGAAGGAAAUGGACAGUUUAAUGCCCCUACAGGUGUGGCUGUGGAUAUUAAUGGCAAUAUCAUAGUGGCCGACUGGGGCAACAGUCGGAUACAGGUAUUUGAUGGCAGUGGCUCCUUCCUCUCGUACAUCAACACGUCAGCAGACCCUCUCUAUGGCCCACAAGGCCUGUCCCUCACAUCUGAUGGCCAUGUUGUGGUAGCAGACUCUGGGAACCAUUGUUUCAAGGUGUAUCGCUACCUACAGUGAGUGACUCUCACCCGCUGCACAGCCCCGACCCUACACCCACCACCACCACCCUAACCUGCCUGUCUAUUUGCACUCAGUUAGUAGGAUGCUGAUCCCGACCAACCCUUCCCUACCAUCUCAACAGUGACAAAACUCCAUAAUUUCCUUAGAGGAACUGCAGGAACUGUUCAGGGUGGAGUGUCCGGAGUGUCCUGCUCCUAAGGCACACUGAAUGGAGAAAUGUAAAAACUGGAGAAAAUAUCUGCAGCAUGCACUGUUGUGGGCGCAACACACUCAACACUGUCAUGACUGAGCUUUGUGGGUGCAGAACUGUGAUAAUCCCUCGUUUCGGGCUGUGUUUGAACAGAAACUUGCCCGAGUUGUAUAUCAUCAUUGUGUUACAGACACACUUCAUUGAUUUCAAUAAUUAUCACUUAAUUUCAUGAGUAUGCAACAAACUGUAAUGAAGAUUUGGAAUUUCUGCCCCUACUGUCAUACAGCAUUCUGGCAAAAGUGAUGUAACUAAACCAAUAGAUCAUGCAAUAAUUAUGCACCUUAUGUGGCCAGUACGUGUAUAUAUGUAUAAUUAUAUAUGUUGACAUUGA